AUGAGGAAGGGUAGGUCUCAGAUCGCUAUUCAAUUCGCACCGUCUCGUUUUAAUGAAGUAUACAAUAGAGAUGGGACUUUUGACGUCGCCCAGAUUGCUCGCGCGGAGUUAGAGAAAAUAUGCGACGAGGUGACCGCGAGCAUCCAGGCUUCUCAACAGUCCCGCUUCCGCUGGCGCAAGGCAAAAGCCGACCAGGCGCUCAAUGACCGCCUCCAUUCAGCCAUGAAAGCCAGCGAUGAUAGUCCGUUAAACGUGCACGAGAUUGUUGGCGAAGUUGAAGGAGGAUGGAAGUCAACUCACGGUAAGGUCUACAAGAAUUUCCAAAGAUUUUGCGCAUCCCUCCAGGCCCACGAGAAGGUCUUCGCGAUCUUUCCCAGCGAGACAAUGUAUACGUCAGUACUGUCCGGAUGCUUGUCGCUUGUCGUUCAGGCCAGCGUCAAUCACUCCUCAAUUGCUGAGACACUAUCGCAGAGCGUUGCGGACAUCAGUGACAAGGUCGCAAGCUGUGCCAUUUAUCUCGAGGUGACUCCGACAGACUCGAUGAAACGCAGGCUCGCCGAGAUAUACGCGCAGCUAUUUCGCUUCUACCGUGAUGUGCUCAAAUGGUACCUAUCAUCGUCAGCCUCCAAGGUGUUUGGCAGUCUGAACGCGACCAUCAAGUCCCGCUUCGACGAGACAGUGCAAUCAAUUGAGGGUCAGAUCAGUCAGAUGGUGCGCGAAGGCGACAUCGCAGCGCUCGCAAUCAUGCGAGUUGUGCAGCUCGAUCAGUCCGAAAUCAAAGCUCAAUAUAGCGACAUCAGAUCGCUCUUGGAGACCGUUGUUGUCCAGCAACGACGCAAUUAUCAAGACAACGAUGAUGCCCAUAUAGGAGUUAAGGUUCUCGAGAGUUUGGGUUCUGUGUACAAGGCUAUGGCGACCCGAAGGAACAGGGAGGCCUCCCACGGGAAAGCCACCCUAGUCUCUCAAGGUCGAAUUGAGGAGGGUGACUCUUCAGGGGAGAUGAUGUCUACAUCAAACGAUGAGGCCAACCAACUCGCCCUGCGAUUGCAGUUGUACGUGGUUGGCGACGACGGCUCAAAAUCCCUCGCACGUGGUGUUUCACGCACCAGCGAACCCAUCAUCCCACACAAAUUGAAGUCUCUACUGAACGAGAACGAGCAUUCACGCACACUCUGGAUCUCCGCCACGUAUUCCGACCGACUGAACUGUACUGCGCGGACCACGGCGCUCGGCUUCGUCGCGGCCGCAUGGAAAGCAGGCGCCCCAAUCCUCUCCCACUUCUGCGAUUCGCCAUCGAAGCGGCUCACAACCCCAUACGUCGGGAGCCUUGACGCCGAGCAACAGGCCGUGCUUGGCCUGGUAUACAGUCUGACGCGGCAACUCCUCCAAUUCUCACAUUCACCGCAGACCCCGCUCGACCUCUCCGAGGCCCGUUGCGAGCGCUUGCGAUGCGAUGUCGACUCUUGGCAGGAAGCACUCGAACUCUUUCGUGAAUUGCUGGCGGCUACACCAAGCAUCCGCUUCUGCCUCAUCUACGGAUUCAACAAUAACGAGUGGGCGAAGGGAGCACCCUGGCUGCGCGCUGUGCUUGACAUCCUAUUCCAUCACCAGCAGGACCAAACAGGCCGGCAUUUCCACGUCCUGCUGGUGACUUCUGGACAGUCGAGAUUGCUGGGCGCAGCGAUAAAGGCUUCUGAUCGCCACAUUAUACAAGACGGUGAUAUUGAGUCGGUGUAG